GUGAGAAAGAGAGAGCUUAAAGCAAAGAACUUUGGAAACCCAGAAUCAAGUGUAAUUCCCAUCUGUCCUCAGAACCAAAGUAAAGAAUAACUGAUAUGAGUACCAUUUUGCCCUAUAAAAUUAACAUAAAAGCUAAAGUUUCAGUCUUUGUAUUGGAGACUGGAAACAUAACCUUCUCUCUCUCUCUCACUCUCUUUCUUUCUCUCUCCUCUCUCCAAUAUUUUGUUUCACAUUUAAAAAUUCGAGCAUGAUUUCCAUCACUACCCAGGAAAGCAUUUAUAGCUCCACACCCACAUGUAUAAAACUUUAAGAAAACCCAACCCCAUUUGGCGAUUAUUUUAAUCCGCUCAUGCCCAGAAGUUUAAGCUGUCAGAACAUAAAAACCAAGGCAUUAGAAUAGAAGAGAAGAAAGCUUCGAGAGAGUGAACAUUGAGAGAGAGAAAGCAAAAGGGAUCGAAGGAAUCAAGGAAGUGUUUAUUCUGGGGUACUACAAAGAAGAAGUAGUAGUAGAAGAAGAAGAAAAAAAAGGCUUUGGAAAUGGUGAGAGAGUGAUAGUGAAUUGGGUUUUGGUUUUUUUCCAUAAUAAUGUAUUGGAAUAUGGAUUUGGUUAUUGGAGGUGAAUUAUCAUCGACAAAAUCUAGGAAUACAUGCAAGUUUUGUACUUUCGAUCACAGAAGAAGACAACACCAAUGUACACAAACAGAAAAAGCUCCAAGGAAACAAACAACACCAGCAAAAUCCUCAAACAUGGCUUCGAGUUGGUGUGAUCAAAUCUCACCAAUUCCAACCAUCAACACAAUUCUUCUUCCAACUCUUUUAUUAUUCUUUCUUCUUGUUGGUUCAGUCCAUUCUUCUUCUUCUUCUUCCUCCUCCUCCUCUUCUUCUUCUUCUUCUUCAAAACUAGUUGACCAGAAGCUUUCGCAAGCCAAUCAAACUCUCCGGCCGGAACAAGAGUUACUCAAAAUGAAGUUCAUAAAAGCUCGUCUCAAAAACAUCAACAAGCCUCCAGUCAAGACAAUUCAGAGUCCAGAUGGUGAUAUUAUAGAUUGUGUUUUGUCUCAUCAACAACCAGCUUUUGACCAUCCUCAGUUGAAGGGACGAAAGCCAUUGGAUCCACCAGAUAGGCCAAAAGCUCAUAAAGAUCAUCCUAAUAGUAUGGACUCAGAAAAUUAUCAGUCAUGGAGCUUGUCAGGUGAAUCAUGUCCAGAAGGAACUAUUCCAAUAAGAAGAACAACCGAGCAUGAUAUGCUAAGAGCUAGCUCUGUUCGAAGAUUUGGAAAGAAACUUAGAAGACAUGUUAGAAGAGAUUCAGGCAGCAAUGGCCACGAGCAUGCAGUUGGGUAUGUGAGUGGAGAACAGUAUUAUGGGGCAAAAGCCAGUAUAAAUGUGUGGGCACCUCGAGUUUCAAAUCAAUACGAAUUCAGCUUGUCACAAUUGUGGGUCAUUUCUGGUUCAUUUGGUGAUGACCUCAAUACCAUCGAAGCUGGUUGGCAGGUUAGCCCAGAGCUGUACGGAGACAACUAUCCUAGAUUCUUUACUUACUGGACGACGGAUGCAUACCAAGCAACUGGUUGCUAUAAUUUGCUAUGUUCAGGCUUUGUUCAGACAAACAGUAAAAUUGCUAUUGGAGCUGCAAUUUCUCCAACUUCAUCUUACAAUGGUGGACAAUUUGAUAUUAGCUUAUUGAUUUGGAAGGAUCCGAAGCAUGGAAAUUGGUGGCUUGAAUUCGGGUCGGGUGUACUUGUCGGGUACUGGCCUUCGUUUCUAUUCACUCACCUAAGAGACCAUGCAAGCAUGGUUCAAUUUGGGGGUGAAGUGGUAAAUUCAAGGCCUUCUGGUUUUCACACAGCCACCCAAAUGGGAAGUGGGCAUUUUGCAGGAGAAGGCUUUGGAAAAGCUUCAUACUUUAGAAAUUUACAAGUUGUGGAUUGGGAUAACAGCCUGGUUCCUUUAUCAAAUCUCAAAGUAUUGGCUGAUCACCCAAACUGUUAUGACAUACAAGGGGGUAUUAAUAAUGUGUGGGGGAACUAUUUUUACUAUGGUGGACCUGGAAGAAAUGUGAGGUGUCCCUAAGGGAAGAAAAUGGUAUAGAUGUGGGUUUUUUUUAUUAUUAUUUUAAUAUAUAUUUUUUUAAUGUUAAAUAUAUAAAUAUAAAUGUUUUAUUAUUAUCAUUAAUUAAUUGUUAGGUCAAUUGGUUUGAUCUUUCUCUCUAGAUCAAUGGGUGAGUUGGGGUUUUCCAAUAUUUAUUUUUCCUUUGUUAAUCCAAUAUUUUUCUUCUUUUUUUU